AUGGGGAAUGUAAGUGUCUCCACCACAUCUCCUACCGAGGACGUGUCAUUCGCGGCCACAGUGGAAGCAGCCAACACACCACCAACCACCGCUGCUGCUAUCGACACUUUAACUCCACAUGGAACGCCUCCAGACACAGUCGCGACGGAACGCGAAGCUGCUUCACCAUCACCACGACUCCUCGAUCGUGAUCUGAACAAAUUCCGGUCGCUGAAGCGAGUGAUCUUUAUCGGUCGCCCUGGCAGCGGCACUGACGGCAUAGGUGAUGCCCUUAAGAAGCUGGGCUUCAAGGUCUACGAUUUCCAGGUAGCAAGCAGUCGCUACGAGCGCGACUUUCCACUCUGGCUCGAGGCAGCACGCCUGCGUCAGGAAGGGCGAUCGUACAACAAGUCAGACUUUGACAAGGUCAUUGGCGAUUACGAUGCUAUUGUUGGAGCCCCAGCCUGUUUCUUCGAUCAGGAUCUCGUCAAGCUGUAUCCUGGAGUCAAGGUCAUACUGGUGACGCGAGACUCCGUCAUCAAGACCAACCUUAAGACGACCAAAGCAAAGCUCUGGAGACGUUUUGACCCUGUGUACCACGGCAACAUCAGUCGCUUUCUUAAGCUCAACGCCCCGUCGAAUAACCAUGAUUGUGUCAACAACGAUCGAGCCGUGCGCGAGACUGUCCGAGGGAGAAAUCUUCUCGAGGUCGGCAACUUGCUUGCGUGGAAGCCGAUAACUCGGGCGGAACUCAUGGCUCGCCCGUGGCAAGCUGUGCUGGAGGUAGCCAAAAAGACUGGUCGUCAACUUACUGUGGGCUUGACAUACCUUAUCACCAUGACUUCUGUCACUCUGAUCGCUGCUCUAGCAGCAAUUUUUGGAGGUACAGGCCUGUACCAGCUUUCCUCUGCUGGCUUGCACCUCUUCCACUUCCUGGCUGUACGCUCCCAGAUCCGCGACAUGACAUGCCUAGCCGUUGCGGGCCUAGCGCUCCUCACAUUUGAACAACGCCGGCCGCAGGAGAAGUGGUGGAAAGGGCCGCGCGCGGCAGUCAGACAACGAUGAGAAUAGACACCCUGAGCGCCCCCUUCUGGACGAGUGGAGCGGUAUGCAGGAGAAUAUCCACAAAGACGACGUUGAGAUGGUCAAGGAAGGCAGGACGGGAUUCAAGGAGUGGAAAGGCAAGCAUGUGACCUUCAACGUCACCCACAAGCAGACUGAGAGUGGCCGGGAACUGUCCGGUGGGUCUCGCAAGGUUCUAUCAGUCACGGAAGAGACAGUCGAGUAGGUGACGACAUAGACAGACGGCGGCGGGACUCCGGGCGAGGGACACUUUCAUACAUAGAUUCAAUGUGCUCUCUACGAUCGAGCGCACACAGAACGGAACGAUGCGCC